ACGGGGGGCGCGCGCAAGGACCGAAAGAAGAAAAAAAAAAAAACGAACGGGAGCGGAGCACCGUGAUGUAUUCGGGGUGCUCGUGAGCCUGAAAGGCUGCAUUGGAGAAGCAAAAAGGCAUUGCUCACCGAGAGUUCUCGCAAAUAUCGCGUUACCGUGAGGUCGAAGCAAGGAGAUUAAUCCCGGAGAAGAGCGAGCGAGGGGCUGGAAACGGAGCACCAAUCCCGGAUGGCUAGGCGCGGCUGCUCGCGCUCUCUCCCACCCUGACCCGGGAGAGACACACAAGGACCGUGGGGAGGCUCUGGGGCUUCACACGAACCCCACUGGAGCCUUUAAUCCUGCUUUCCUCUCAGCCCGCAGCCGUUUGAUAUCCCGGCCUGUUUCCGCCAAAAAGGGAAUCUUGUCUGGCGCACGGGACCGACCGUAAACAAACAAGGCAGACGCUCGGGUGGGAGAGUGUUCCAGCAAGCGACCUCCGAAGGGUGUGGGUCGGCGUUUUUCACUCCACUGGGGAUCCAUCAGCUGUAUUGAUAACGUGUUUGUGUGUUUGUGUAUGUGUGAUCAGAUAUGGCUGUACAAGACUGAGAGUCUAAGGAGCCAGCUGCAUUAUGGGAUGUAGCAGGACUGUGCAGUGACCCCGCUCAUUGGAAGGAAACGCUCUGUGUACAGGAGCAGAAACAGGCAGACUAGCCUAAACACUCACACUCAUCCUUAAACACACACCCACAGUCCAGGAGCCUGCAGCCAUGCCUGUGUUCAGCGGCCUGUUGAAGGUGCGAGUGUGUGAGGCGGUGGAUCUGAAGCCCACCCCAUGGGCUCUGCGUCACGCUGUGGGGAAGAGUGGGUCCUUCCUGCUUGACCCCUACCUGGCCCUGAAUCUGGACCAGACCAGGCUCGGGCAGACCGCCACCAGGACCAAGACCAACAGCCCGGCCUGGCACCAGGAGUUCUGCACCGAGGUCCGAGAGGGAAGGAGCCUGGAGCUGUCUGUGUUCCACGAUGCACCCAUCGGAUAUGAUGACUUUGUGGCCAACUGCACCAUCCAGCUGGAGGACCUGCUGCAGAAUGGGACCAGACACUACGAAGACUGGAUUGACUUGGAGCCCGAGGGGAAAGUGUACGUCGUCAUUGAUCUGUCCGGAUCUUCCACUGAAGCUUCAGGAACCAAUGACAAUGAGGAGCGAGUGUUUCGAGAGAGGAUCGGUCCUCGCCGGCGACAGGGUGCCGUCCGAAGACGUGUCCAUCAAGUCAAUGGACACAAGUUUAUGGCCACCUACCUGAGACAACCCACCUACUGCUCACACUGCAGAGAUUUUAUCUGGGGCGUGCUGGGGAAGCAGGGAUACCAGUGUCAGGUUUGUACGUGUGUCGUCCACAAGCGCUGCCAUGAGCUCAUCAUCACCAAGUGUGCCGGGAUGAAGAAGCAGGAGGACACACCUGAGGAGGUGGGUUCACAGCGGUUCAGUGUUAACAUGCCCCACAAGUUCAGUAUCCACAACUAUAAGGUCCCCACCUUCUGUGACCACUGCGGCUCCCUGCUGUGGGGCCUCAUGAGGCAGGGACUGCAGUGCAAAGUGUGUAAGAUGAAUGUGCACCGGCGGUGUGAGACCAAUGUAGCUCCUAACUGUGGUGUGGACGCCCGAGGUAUCGCUAAGGUCCUGUCUGACCUGGGAGUCACACCUGACAAGAUAUCCAACACCGCUCAGCGCAGGAGGAAGUUGACUCCGGGGCAGGACCCUCCUCAGUCUCCUCCUGAGCUCACUCAAACAGAGGAGAACAGCUUCAACCAGCCAGCUGUCCCCACCUCCCCAUCACAGCAGGACUUGGCAGAGUUAGACCGCCUGCAGCACGCGCUGUCACUAGACCAGCAGGGACAGCAGCACUCCUCCUCUUCCUCCUCUUCUUCCUCCUCCACCACCUCCUCUUCCUCCUCAUCUUCUUCAUCGGCCGGCAGGGAGAACGGACAGAUCCAGAGGAGGAGCCUGAAGGAUUUCAACUUCAUCAAAGUCCUCGGGAAAGGCAGCUUCGGAAAGGUGAUGCUGGCGGAGCUGAAGGGGACGGAGGACGUUUACGCUGUCAAAGUUUUAAAGAAAGACGUCAUCCUGCAGGACGACGACGUGGACUGCACCAUGACGGAGAAACGAAUCCUGGCCCUCGCCCGCCGACACCCCUACCUCACCCAGCUAUACUGCUGCUUCCAGACACGCGAUCGUUUGUUUUUUGUAAUGGAGUAUGUGAAUGGAGGAGACCUGAUGUUCCAGAUUCAGAGAUCCAGGAAAUUUGAUGAGCCUCGCUCUCGUUUUUACGCUGCCGAGGUCACCUCAGCCCUCAUGUUCCUGCAUCGUAACGGAGUCAUCUACAGGGAUCUGAAGUUGGAUAACAUCCUGUUGGACGCAGAGGGACACUGUAAGCUGGCCGAUUUCGGCAUGUGUAAAGAGGGCAUCAUGAACGGAGUAACCACCACCACCUUCUGUGGCACGCCCGACUACAUCGCCCCUGAGAUCCUGCAGGAGCUGGAGUAUGGAGCCUCUGUGGACUGGUGGGCCCUCGGGGUGCUGAUGUAUGAGAUGAUGGCCGGACAGCCUCCAUUUGAAGCCGACAAUGAAGAUGACUUGUUCGAGUCGAUCCUCCACGACGACGUCCUCUAUCCUGUGUGGCUCAGCAAAGAGGCUGUGUCUAUCCUCAGAGCGUUCAUGACAAAGAACCCGGCCAAGCGUCUGGGCUGCGUGGUGAGCCAGGGCUGUGAGGAGGCCAUCAAGACCCACGCCUUCUUCAGAGAGAUUGACUGGGUGCUGCUGGAGCAGAGGAAAGUCAAACCUCCCUUCAAACCCAGGAUUAAAACCAAGCGGGACGUGAAUAACUUCGACCAGGACUUCACCAAGGAGGACCCGGUGCUGACGCCCACAGACGAGGCAAUCAUCCGACAGAUCAACCAGGAGGAGUUCAAAGACUUCUCCUACUGCGCCCCCGAGGAGACGCACACCUAACACACACACAAACACACACUUCUCCAGCAACACUAAAACCUGUCACACACGUACGCACACAUCGCUGACAGUCACAAACACUCCUUUACUUUGAAGCUAUUGGUUGUUGUUACUUUUUGAAUCUUCUUUACUUGCAUUGUGUUGUUCUUGUUGCCUGGGUUUAUAAUUAUUAUUAUUAUUAUUAUGAAUAUAAAUAUGAAUAUGACUAUGAAUAAGAAUCUACACACCUGCACAUGCUUUCACGCACACACAUCUCCUACAUUGACACUUUGAACGCAGACGUACAGACAUAGACACUACAGACUACUCACACAUACCCAUGAGCUCACUGCACAUGCUCAGACAACCAAACACAUACACUGCUUCUCUCCCCAGCACGCACUCCUGGACUGUACAGUGGGUGCUGGGUGCAGAGGCCUGUAUAUAGCCUGUGUUGAGUGGCUGUGUUGUGUUGCUAUUGUCUGCUAGUAAAGGAGAGUCGUGGCGCAUGGACAAGCACCCUACCUGUGUUAUUACUGUCCUUAUUGUGGACCAGUUAGGGCCAAAUACCCUUUGUGCAAUACCCUGACUAUUGAUAUAUUUUACAGUUUUUUGUUCAUGUGUAAUGUUUGUCUUUUUUUUUUUUCUCCUCAAAAAUGUGUUAAUGAUGUUAUGAUCGAAAUCUUUGCUCUCAUCUUCCAGCACACUCCCAGGCUGUGUCAGAAAUCACUUACUCAUUCAGUAUACUUUUCAUUCUCCACAGAUGGAGACGUCUGUGGAGCACUGUUAAGCUCUCACUGCUGUAAUACAAUCAAAACUUUCAGCGAUCCCAACCAGGGAUCUGUGAGGAAUAACAGCAUGAAUUUUAGUCAUAAUGAGACCUGAUAAAAAUGGACAUAGGCUUUGUGGCGUCACGUAAUGGUUUCUGAAGAGCCAUAAUGAAGCCAAUUGUUGGCAGUCGCAUUUAGAUAAUUUAAUUUUUCCUGUUUUAAAACAGGGGAAAGAUGAGAGCUUUAACCCACCUAUACACCUUACAGACCUGCUUUUAAGACAUGUAAUCAACAAACUACAACAUGAUUUGCUAAAAUGCACAUGUAGAGGGCAGAUAGGAAAAAAAAUAUAUAUAUUUUUUAGCCUCUUCAGCCAUGCUAUGGGGACAUUUUUAAAUAUGAGCAAUGAUAACUUCAGACAUCGGGAACAAUAAAUUAUGAUGUCAAUGGGGACCCACUAGCCGAGGCUGAGCGGAAGAAGAAGACAUGUUUUGAAGAACAGGACGGUAAUAUUUUUAUUUGAUUGAUUAUUUUUUAAGAGUAAUGAACUCAAGGGCAAAGGCAAUUUUUUGUGUUUAAAGCCAAAAUUUGAGGCUUUUUAAAUGUUUCUAAUUGCUGCUGUGACUAAGAAAUAGGUAUUUUAGUAUUCAUUUAUAUUCUGUGCAGUUUCGCAGAAAACCAUCUGGUUGGAGGUUGUUUACAUUAAAAAUAAAUUUGGUUAUAGAGGUUUUUUAGUGCUCCUUAGGUCUAAAUGGGCACACAAUGGCCACCUUUCUCUUAAAUCAUCUGCAAACAUCUGAAAUGAAAUGGCUCAUUGAAUUUUAAAAAGUAAACAGAAAAGUUAUGAAAAAAAAAUCCCAUAGUGUGUACCUAUAAAGAAAAAAGCUACCAAAUUUGAUUUUUGUCCCAGGAUGUAAACAUGUUUAUUUCUGGUGUUAAAAUUAACAUUUUUAAAUGGGACUUAAGGGGAACCCUUGGUUUAUGAACCUAGCCUCAAGUGGACACUUGAGGAACUGCAUUUUUUGCACUUUAACAGUGGUUAAUGGUAUGAGCAGUUUUUUUUCAUAUAAAUGAAUAUGAAAUACUCAUCUUUCAAUGAAACAAAUCUGUUAAUCAUGACAUAAAGACUAUUGCUUACCUAUCAUCUUUUGGCAAAAAUGCCAUUAAAUAUGAACUUUUUAAUAUUAAUGUCAUUGACUGUAUAUUAAUACGGACAACAUAUCUCUCUAACCUCUGUUGUUGUAUAAGAAGUGAAGCCAAAAUACUACUACAACAGGAGUUGACAUUUGGACUGGUGGUGUUAUAUGGAGCCAAGACAUUUACUGAGAAUGCUGCAAGAAGUCAUUGUUUUUGACAGUGCUGUCAAUCAAACAACAGUUAAAACCAUCUAACCUGCCAGACACUCUUUCAUGUAGACAUUGUAUGGAUAUAUUUCACAUUUAUCUGGAAAAACUCCCAUACAAAGCAUUUGAGAAGUGAAAAAAUUGUCAAAAAAAUCUCAGAAGGUGACUGAACAAAUGUUCUGUCUCUCACAUUCAUUGAAGGCCAGUCACAGCAACAAGACAAAACAAGGUUGUCAGGCAUGCGCACCUCUGACAGUAACCUGAGCUCAACAAAUAGGUGCUGUUGUAGUUAUGAACAGGGGAGCUUGUUGGUGGAUAAAACUCAAUUUUGAUGUGUAUUUUAACUUGAUAAUUUUACCCAUGUCCCAUCUGUUAAUAUGGAGGAAAUGAGCUAAACUGCAGCCAGUCAGCAGGGGGAGCGUUAAAUGUUUUGGCUUCACUCCCAGGUAAUAGUUGCUCCGUUCAUCUUAAUAUACAGUCUGCGGGUCAUGGCAGUUGUGCACCUCUAAUCCAUCUCUAAUGGUUGACAGUCUAACGUCUCUAAAGUUGCACUGAAAUGCAUGAUGGAAUGCGUUGCUUGAUAAGCAGCCAUGAUUACCCCAACCCUACUUGCACCUGUGUUUUCAAGUUGUCCUAUCAUUCUAUUCUGAAUGGAAUCAGGACACCCCACCACUAGAGGUUAAAACGGGGUGAGAGCUCAGCAGUAGGGCUGUAUUAGGACUGAGCCUUUGUGACGUAUGAUGAGCUAACAAUACAGUAAUUCUUUAUGAUUCAAACAGCACCACAAAAUGGCAAUACUGGGUGCACUUAAUAUUGAGUAGUGGGUGAUUUCAGACACAGCCUUUCUGUCUUGUGCGCAUAAAGUGAAUGUCGAGCUCUCAUGUUACAGGCUAUUGAACUAAUUAUGUGGAACGAAGUGUUACAGGCGGCCUGUGUAGCAGUUAAAAAAAAAAGCGUGAUUUUUCUCCUGCUUUUUUUUUUUUUCCACCCAUCUGCUAGUUUCAGUCCUGCCGGCGUGAAUGUACUUUUUCAUACGUGUGAUGUGAGUGUGUGAUUUUUUUUUUCUCCCCUCUCUGUUUGUGUGACUUUCUGUCUUCAGCAUUUCAGUUGCUUUAGUUACCAUCAGUGUUUUGAACCCUGCUCUUCCCUUUUCCUUCAUCUUUUCUUCCUCUGAAGCACCAACUCCCCUCUCCCUCCUCUUUGUCCUCCUGCAGCCGCCCUGCUCAGCCAAAAACCACUCGCUUUCUAUCUUUUUUUUUCUUUUUUUUUUUUUUUUUGCAAGAAUGGCUUCUCUUUCUUAUGGCUCUCUUUUCUUUUUUUAUUAUAAAUAUAAUUAUUAUUGUAAAGUGUAUCUGGAGGAAACAUUUGUGUAUAAAUCUAUAACCGUACUAUCAUAGGUCUGUUACAGCCAGGGGGCGUUUUAAAAAGAAAAUGUGGAAACCAGCAGCUGAAUUACCUCUCAUUUCAAACACACAGACACAAACAAAGCAGCACACACAGACUCUUCCUUCGCCUCCUUCUUCUUCCUCUUCUUCUUGUCUCUCUCUUUUACACACAGAGAAGGACUGUACAGUGAUUUUGAAGGCGAGCUGGUCGCUGUGUGUGCAGUAGAGUCGGUGUGUAGUGAAGCUUUGUGCACCCAGGGGUAGGGCUGUUCCUGGUCACACUAUCUUACUCUGUGCCAAAAUGUAGUGCAACAGCCAGGCUAGUCCUGUCUACUCUGAUUCCAAUAAAACACUGAGCUGUCUACAUCACAA